UGAUACUAAGCAAAACAACCAGAACCAUUAUUGAAGUCUACAAUAAGUUGGUUGAGUAUUAUAAGAAUGGGGACCUAUCCUUUAAAUAUGUGAAGACAUUUAACAUGGAUGAGUAUGUGGGUCUCCCAUGUGAUCACCCUGAGAGCCUCCACUCCUUCAUGUGGAAUAAACUCUUCAAGCACACUGACUUUUGCCCUGAAAAUACCCAUCUCCUGGAUGGAAAUGCAGCUGAUCUAGAGGCAGAGUGCAAUGCUUUUGAAGAGAAGAUCAAGGCAGCUGGAGAAAUUGAGCUAUUUGUUGGAGGUGUUGGCUUGCAUGGGCAUAUUGCCUUCAAUGAGCCUGGCUCAAGUCUGGAGUCUAGAACUCGGGUAAAGACUCUCGCCAUGGAUACCAUCCUAGCCAAUGCCAAGCUCUUUAAAGGAGAUUUUUCAAAAGUUCCCCCAUUGGUUCUGACUGUGGGUGUAGCCACAAUCAUGGAUGCCAAGGAGGUCAUGGUCCUUAUUACUGGGGCCCAGAAGGCACUUGCAUUGUACAUGGCCAUUGAGAAGGGGAUAAAUCACAUGUGGACUGUGUCUGCCCUCCAGAAGCACCCUCGUACAGUAUUUGUGUGUGAUGAAGAUGUCACACUGGAGCUUAAAGUGAAAACUGUCAAGUAUUUCAAAGGAUUGAUGGAUGUUCAUAACAAGCUAGUGGAACCACUGCACAGUAUGAAAGAAAAAGAAACAGAGAAAAACCAAUCUUCCAAGAAACCAUACAGUGACUAACUUGCCUGCUGUCUAAUCCCCCAGAGAUAUAUACAUACUUUGAGGGAACCAGGUCUAUAGAAAAAAAAUUUCAUUAAUCAAAUAUAUGCCCACUCAAAACAAUAUUUUAUUUGCCUUUGAUGAAAAUGAGUGUAGGCGAGUAUACUAUAUUUAGCUGUAAGGGCUGAAGCUUACAGAAAUGGUGUUUGGUGCUGUAAUUUGAUAUCUUCUGAGCUAUCUUUCCUGUUUUCUAUUGUAAUUUUCUUCUAGUUGACAAAUAAGGGAAAGUGGACAUAGAAAUACCUAACAUAAAUAUUUUAAAAAGUGAUCUCAAGGCACAACAAGA